AUGGUGUGUAAUCUCUCCUUCAUCUCUCUGAUUUUAGGCCAAGCGGAGGAAAGGCCGUUGGUGGACACAAAGUACGGGAAGCUCCUGGGGGUCAGCGUGUCAGUAAAAGAAACGUCAAGAACUGCAGAUGCUUUCUAUGGAAUCCCCUUCGCAAAGCCUCCGGUAGGCUCAUUGAGAUUUGCAAAUCCGGAAUCAAUUGAGCCCUGGGAAUCCGUCCGAGACGCCUCCCAAUAUGCCCCCAUGUGUUUGCAGGACAUGGGAAUUAUGGAAGGUUUGAUCAACUACUACAAAACGUCAUUUAAGAUCCCGCCGUUUUCAGAGGAUUGCCUGUAUCUGAAUAUCUAUACUCCAAGCAACAGAGAAAAGGAAUCAAAGUUACCUGUCAUGGUCUUCAUACAUGGGGGCGGGCUGGUAAUAGGCGGAGCCUAUUAUGACGGGUCAGCGCUCAGCGUCUAUGAGAAUGUGGUUGUCGUGUCCAUUCAGUACCGGCUGGGAAUUCUGGGAUUCUUCAGUACCGGAGACAAUGAGCUGCCUGGCAAUCUCGGCUUCAUGGACCAGGUGGCGGCCCUCCAUUGGGUGCAGGAGAACAUCGCUGAUUUCGGGGGCGAUCGGCACUCUGUCACUAUAUUCGGGGAGUCCGCCGGGGGAGUCAGCGUCUCAGCUAUGGUGUUGUCACCCUUGGCUAAAGGAUUGUUUCACAAAGCCAUCGCUGAGAGCGGAUUUGCCACAAUGAGCAGCCUGAUGGUCAUGAAGCCGGAGGACCUCACCAUCUACCGUGAUGUAAGUCCACCAUGUGUGACUGUGGAGGGCAUUAGAGUGUAA